CAUAGUCAAAAGUCAAAGGUGGACGGCACCAUAUUUAUCUGACUACGUUCGAAUCGAAGUCGCACCAAAACCAAAAUCUGGUGGCGUGGUGUGGUUCGCAGUCGGAGCCAUGCCGGGCCCUGGUCCGCACCUGAUGUACGCGAUGAGCUCUGGGGUGGCUCUGACCGCUCUCUCCAACGGCAGGUUCGGGCCCCACCACACCCUCACCUACACUCUCAACGCCUUCUUCGGCCCCGACAUCGGCUCCUUCUCCGAAUGGCUCGGCUCCACCAUCGGCUUCGGCUUCGGCUUCGGCUCGGGUCUCGCCGACGCCAUCCACCACCCCUUCUAUUACGUCCUCAUCCUCGGCAUCCCGCUCUGCUUCUUCUACUCUUGGCUCUCCAGUUUUCUCCUCCGGAGAUCUCUCCUUCAUUCCCUUUCUGGGGUUGCCCUUACUAAGAGACAGUGUUUGUUGUUGAUCUCAGCUGGUUCUUUAUCUCAUUUCUUCUUAGAUCACUUGUUUGAGGAAAAUGGACAUUCAUCAAUGUAUACUUGGAUAUUGAGCACCGGUUGGUGGAAAACCCGAGCACCUAUUAACCCAGAUGCUGUUGUUGUAGUCGGCCUCUUAUGUACUUGCUUACUCGGCGGCUUUAUUUACAUCAACAGAGUUAAGUCCUCCAACACCAUAAAACAACAAUCAAAUCAGUCGGUGAAACUUAUUCUUGUUUUGGCUAGCUUGUACUGCUUAUGGUGUGUAAGCCAGAUAUACUGGGUGAAUCCUCGUCGGCCAGCAGUCGGCGAAGAAGCUGAUCUCGGGAUUUUCGUGUUUUUAGCCACAUAUUUAUUUCUCCCUCACUAUUUGUGUAUAUUGUCCACGCAUCCAAGAGAUCUUGAAGCAGAGCAAAUCCCACUUUAACAAGUAUUCAUGGUUUCUGGUACAGCUACAAUGAGCUUUCUUCUGCGCUGUAAUUGGUCUUGGUUUGUUAGGUUUACUCAAAAACUCAUAUAUCUAUUAUGGUUUUACCAAACAUAAUAUGUCUACGAAAUUUUGAAGAUUUUGUAACUUGUAAGCCAAUAAUAGAAUGGAAAUAUUGAUACUUUCCAUA